AUGGCACCCAUCUCUCUGCAUAAUCUGGACGAGCCAAACGCCUACAACUCAACUCCUCCGUCAUCUCCUGACACUUCCCCCAACAAGGAAAAUCGCCGACACCAUUGCGACAAGAGACAUAGUGUUGCUGAAAUGUCUCAGUCAAGUAAGCGACGCCGCUUUACUGAUCGCACCUCGAAUAUUCACUCGCAAAGCUCCUCCUCGCAACAGCAGCGCCGGCAGAGCAACAGAUACUAUGACCCUGAUCAGGAUGAAGGUGAACGGAGAGAGAUUCGUAAAGGGCUUAGAGAUCUGACUCGUGAUCUUAACGACUCUCGCUCCGAGUUUAUGCGAUCAGGAAAUAAGGGAAUAUACGAAACUGUUGAAAAGGCCAACAAGCUCUUUGCCCAUGUUAAGCAGACUGCCGACGCAACCAUCGACUCGCGCCUCUUGGUCAACGCCGCCGAUCUUUCGCACAAGAAAACGGCGCAGCUCACUCUCGGAAGUUCAGCUGCUGGUAUCGAUGUAGACGAGUUUGUGUCUAAAUGUAUCUCCUUUAUGCGCCACGGUCCCGGUGGCUCGAUGCCUAGCGGUGGGUCCCGCCGCAAUCGAAUGGGUCGCCUUACCCAAAGAGAUAAUGAUAGUGGCGAUGAAGACGAUGGUGACGCUAUGAACUGGGAAUGGCUAGGUCGGACAGCCUGUUUCCCCCACAAUGCCCGACCUCCGGUGUCAGGAUGGCUACUCGGUCCACUUUCAGUGCAAAAGCGAGUGCGGCAGGUGGUCCAACGCAGACAAAAUGAGAACUUUAGCAAUGUCGAAAGAAACCAGCCAAAAGAUUUGGCGCAAGAGGAUCUCGGACAGGAAACUGCCAAUCUUACGACCAUGUGCUCCAAUGUCAAUCAGUUGCUUGCCAAUCACAUGGCUGACGCGCAAGAUAAAGUGGACACGAUCCUCAGUGCGGAGAAUCCGACAGAAGAUAGAGUACAGGAAGUUAUGGCCGAUUGCAAGAUUGCCGAUGACGGCGGUACUCCCCUUUUCCAAUUUUGCAUCAACCCCAAGUCAUUUGGGCAGACUAUCGAGAAUCUCUUUUAUGUCAGUUUCCUGGUUCGAGAUGGAAUUGUCGGUGUGGCUACGGACAGUCGCAACCUGCCAACCCUUCACUCAUCGGAUCCGUAUGCGCCGAGUGAGGCUCAGAAGAGAGGCGUUGAAAAGCACCAAGCCGUCUUCAGCCUAGAUUUUGACACAUGGGAAAAGUUGAUUGAAGAGUUCAAAAUUACUGAAUCGAUUAUUCCUCAUCGCGAGGAAGAAGACGCGCAGACUGGUCUGAAGUGGUACGGAUAA